ACGGGGUAACACAGAUCAGGGCCCACUUUUUGCCGUUGGAGGUUUUCCUCCGCGUUAAAACAGGCUCCCUCAUCCCGCGCUCCCUCUUUCAUCCUCAUUUACCUUCAUCCGUACUCUGCUACCUACGCAAUGCUCAAUCUCAUCGGCUGGUCUUCCCUACCUGCAGGACUCUUGUCUAAGUGGCUCUGGAUCGUUGGUGUCACCUCGUUCCUGAACACCUUCCAGUCCUUUGUUACCUUGUCGGCCAACCGUCGCAUCUAUGCCAAUAAACCCCACGAAGUUACUGGUCUCUCGGGCCGCACCUUUGGCGUCUGGACCCUCCUUAGCUCCGUCAUCCGUCUCUAUGGUGCCUACAAUCUGCACCUUGCACCGAUGUAUAACAUCACGCUCUGUACCUUUGGCAUUGCCUGGCUCCAUUUCAUGUCCGAGUUCUUUGUUUUCCGUACUGCCAAGGUGACGGGACCCUUCCUGGCUCCCUGCGUCGUUGCUACUUCCUCCCUGAUCUGGAUGGUGUCGCAGUAUGGAUACUACGUCAAGCAUUAAGAACAAUGAGGGCAUCUUAAAAACGAAGGAAUGACAAAGUAGUAAUUGUAUUAUACAAUAAACAGGAACGCCGGUUCAAAGCAGUUCAAUGGUCAAGU